UGCUUGACCAAUUGUCCGCGAUACUCGAUUGCGUUUGUAUUCCCACUACUAUCCGUUUUUAUCCCUAGUGACACCCCACCACUAUCCUCGGUCUUCUUUAUCUUCUUUUCCUGCGUCUCUCUCAAUCAUUAUCAUAACAUCCGCCAUUGUUAACCAACCAUGGGUCGCUUCAGCAACCUUGACCUCAUCGAUUACAUGCUAUCCGAAUCAUCCUCAUUCCCCUUCCAUUCCACCACUGAACUUGACCUAACUCUCGAUCUCUUAACCCCUACCUUUCCCUCACUCGAUCUCUUUUCUCCGUUCGAAGACUUCCACACCGUUACUGACCUCAUCCACGUCACCCGUACGACGCCGUUCGGUAGCUCUUCAUCUCGGAAACUCAUCACCAGACGCCGAUCUAGUCCUACAACCGCCGAUUUGUACCUCAAGUCGUUAUCCGAUCGUGUAUCUGCACUCGAGCUAGGGUUUGAUCUAGCUGAAAAACAGAAACAGAAGCAGAAACUGAAGAACUCAGAUCGGAAGUACACGUGGACGGCUGAGAUCAACAGUGCUGAGAAGGACGGUUUAGAUCGGAAGUACAAGUUAACGACUGAGAUUAAAGGAGGGAACAAGAAGGAGAAGAGCUGUAAAUGGACGGCUGAGAUUAAACGGAAGGGAGAUGAUGUACGGAAGUAUACUUUCUCUGCUUCAACUGCAAAUGCUGCUGGUGUUGAAGAUGUGAGUGAUGUUGAGAAAGAGAAGAAUAAUAGUAAGAAGAAGGAUAAGAAGAAGGAGAAAGGACCUCGUAUUGUUGAGAUCCAAAGCUCUCCUGAUCAUGGCGCCCUUCUGUUGAAACAGGCGUUUGCUAAGAGGGUGGAGAAGAACAAAGGGAAGAAGAAGGAGUUGUCACCUCAAGAUGCAGCCAUGAUGAUACAGAUGACUUUUAGAGCCUAUCUGAUACGGAGGUCUCAGGCUCUUCGUGCCCUUCGUGAGUUGGCUAUUGCUAAGGGGAAGCUUAAGGAGCUCAGGUCUUUGUUCAAUAAUUUCUCUUACCGUCGCCGGGUGGCUCGUGAUGCGGAGGAGAAACAGAGGUUUUCCGAGAAGAUCAUUGUGCUGCUUCUCACUGUUGAUGCCAUUGAGGGUGCUGAUAUCCUGGUGAGGGCUGCAAAAAGGUCGAUGGUGGAUGAACUGGAAGCGAUGCUGGACGUGGUGGACCCACAGCCAGGAGGGGGUAAGUCUCUAUCGUUGAGGAGGAGGACAUUCGACAUGCCAGAUGGUGUGAUCCAAAAGGAAGUAGCGGAAGGUGUGGCUCAGGUUGUUCGCAUGAUAGCUCAGGACGAUGGUUCUGAAACCUUCGAAUGAGCUUGUUAGUAAGUCCGUGACUAUGAAAUCCAUGUUGAGUUUGUCUUAGCUUGCCGGUGUUUUUCGGGUUUUAUGUAGGUUUAAUCUUUGUGUUAUUGCUACAAUCUGUAUGUUUAUGUUUCUCUGCUUGUGCGAAACCGGCAGAUGGUACUAUGUUCUAAAUAAGUUAAGUUUUUUUUUUAUUUUUUU